GGCAUGAGCCUUGCAAUUCAGGAACUGCUUCUCUGCUGCCGUCAAAUUGACAAUGACAAAGCUACGGAGAGAAAGAAAGAAGUGGAUAAAUUUAAACGCCUUAUUCGAAGGCCAGAAACCAGGGAGCAGUUGGAUCGAAAUUCGGAAUCAAAACAUUCAAAACAAUUGAAUUGGGAUGCAGUUUUUAGGUUUCUGCAAAAGUAUAUCCUUAAAGAAACCGAAUGUCUCAAGGCGGCCAAUCAAAACGUGUCCGCAGCAACGCAAGCUAAUCGACAAAAGAAAAUGCAAGAAAUAAGCAAUAUAAUGAAAUAUUUUAUCCGAUGGGCUAAUAAAAGAGGACCACGUUUAAAAUGUCAAGAGCUAUUGAAGCAUAUCAUGGAUGUUCUGCAAAAUAAAUUCAGCUCUGCUUACGGGGCUGACUACAAUAGUAUUCUGCUGAAGGAUGUUCUUUCAGUUCGGAAAUACUGGUGUGAUAUAACCCAGCAACAAUGGUCAGAUUUAAUGACAUUGUACUUCAAGAUGUACCUCAGGCCCUCGAGAGAUACUAACCGGGUUCUUGUAGCCAGAAUAAUUCAUACGCUUGUGAAAGGCUGUUGUGUAUUGUCAGAGGGCAUUACCUCCAAACUCUUUGAAUUCUUUGCAAAAGCAAUGCAGAAUGUAAGACAGGAACAAGUCUUUGCAGUCAUUGAGCAUAUCGUAUCAGCUCUCAAUGUCUUCCUCAAGAUGUGUAUAAUGAAUUGCCGUGUUCGUGUGUGUAAACUUGGGGAGGACAUCUUCUCAACGCUGCUAUGCAUUUGGACACAGAAGCGUCUCCAAGAUUCCUUAAAGGACGAAAUCAUUGAAUUCUUUCGUCUACAGCUCCAAGCCCAUCAUCCAAAGGGGAUAAAAACUAAGGAAAAAGGUGCUUUUGCAGCUGACUGGUUGAAUUGGCAGAACCUGCUUUAUAGUCUCCACGAAGCAAUUGUCAGUGAAGUGAGCCACAUAGGAAGCAGAGGAAAGUAUUCCGCAGGCGUGCGCCAUGUUGCUGUGAAAGAGAACCUUGUCAAUCUGGCUGCUGACAUCUGUCAUCAGUUGUUUGGCCGUGACUUCAGAGUGUCUGUGUCACCAGUAACAAGUACGCAAACUCCACAAAGCCCCUCCGUUCAAGGGAUGCCAAGCAAACAAAGACGUGUUGAGUUGGGAUGGGAAAUGAUAUGCGAUGCGUUGCAAAAAUCAGAGAACGAUUUUGAUUUGAUACCAUGGUUACAAAUCGUCACUGUUCUGGUUGCAAAAUAUCCUUCAAGCUUACCCAACUGCGAUCUUGUUCCCAUAUUGACCAUUUUGCACCAGAUCCUUUCUCAGCAGCGGCGUGGAAAGAGAAUUCCAUAUGUUCUUUGCUGCCUUCAUGAGGUGGCUAUAUGCCAGAGAUUGAAAUUGACCCUGAAUACUGCACAGAAAUUAGACUUGCAAAAGCUCUGGGCCAAAAUCUGGGCCAUUGCACUUCGGAGCAUCAGCUCGCACCAGACUGAAGCUGAAAGCUUCCAGCUGAUGGAGGCAAUUCUUGAAGGGAACCUAACCAUACCAGACAUUGAUUUUUGGAAAAUCUUUUCAGGAUCCACAUGCAAACCAUCCAGUUCCGCUGUGAAGUGUCUUUCUCAAGCAUUGGGAAGAUGUACAUUGCCAGAACGAAUUGAUGGUGCUGUUGAAAAUUAUCCAAUGGGCGGCAGAGCACUGGAUCUUAGAGAAGCAAUAAUGCAAUGGUUAUUGUCUUACCAAGCGGAGGAGAAUGCUGAAGGAAAUACAGAGAUUCCAUCAGUAGUUUCCAGAGAUUUACCAAAUCAACUGGUGUCUCAAAUAUUGGUUGUUUUAACGCUGAAGGACUGCAAAUCUGGAAUGGACUUCUUUCAGCCACCCUCAACAGAGAGUGCACCAGCAGAAGAACCACCAAAUGAAGAUUGCAAAGAUGGCACAGUCUUCUCAGAAAUGGAAAGCCUUUUUCUGCAAACAACAUUUGAUGAAAUUCCAACUCGCAGUAGCACUAAGAUUCGGAUUGGGGACAAACAGAUUGUGACAUCAAAAAUAAGUGCCAAGCGAGUUUUGAGGGAUAAACUAGAGGAAUAUUUAUUAGCAUUGGUGGAAUGUCUGCAUUCUAAUGUGACGCUUCCUCCAGAAUGCCAUGUUCGCUGUGCAGAUCUUAUCAUUGGAGUGCUCCGAUGUUAUUGUGACAUUGGUGUUACCAACGAGGAUAAUGCAUGUGCGUCUGCGCUAUUUCAGAAGGCAAAGUCUUUUAUGCAGAAUGUUGGUGAACACAUUUCUACAACGCGAAAUGAUCUUAAUGAAGAGGUUCUCAACUCUCUGAAAACACUGAUUAAUGUGUGCACAAAAUGUCUACACUCGCACACUAAGCAGCACUGGCCAAAGAAGCAAUCAUCUGUUCUCUUUCUUCAACUAUUCGCAGCAAGUUUUAUGAAUGACCUCGUUGAAGUUUGUCGACGGCUGGCAUUUCCCACUGGAAAACCAUGUGAUGCUUUUGAGGCAAAGGACGAUUUUCAAGAUGAUUUAAUGGAAACAGAGGGACAUGGAUCCGGAGACCUCUUUGAUGACGAUAACGACAAAGGCCCUGAAGGAGGAGAUUAUAAUGAAAACAAUGACUCAUCGGUUGGAAUAGGAGCAAAGAACAUUUUAUCUGAAGACAAUUUGACAAAGCAUGAUUUCCUCCUGCUCGAUAUUCUCCGAUUCAUCUGUUGCUGCACAGCAGCAGGUCAGAUACAUGCACUUUCAUUCAGGUGUGCAGACAUUAGAAGAAAGCUACUGUCAUUAAUUGAGGACAUCAACCACAACAUUUCAAAACCUCCCCACUUGCAUAUGUACUUAAUCCUCUUAAAAGAGCUCCCAUCAGAAGAAGGCAUUCUACCUUCAAGUGAUUUUGUCGUACUUCUGAAACCACUCUUGGACUUGUGUUCUGUGUAUCGUUGUGAUCAAGACGUUUGUUCAGUGAUCCUGACACACAUUCUUCCAUUACUGUCGGUACAUGGCCUUGAUGCUGAUGAAAUGGCUGACAUUCAAGGAAUUUUGCUAAAAGCAAUUGGAGCAUUCUGGCAUCUAAGCAAGGAAGGAAAAUGUAACGUGCAAGUGAGAACUGCUCUGGUGAGAUGCAUGAAAGCCCUACUUGAGAAAGAUCCUCACUCCAAGUGGACUGUGCUUUCCAGCCGAGAUGAAGAAUUGCCUGUCUCUGAAGCCUACACAGAGUUCCUAACAGACAGUCAUCACCAAGUUCGCAUGCUUACUGCUAUGUCUAUAAGCAGUCUAUUCCAGGAGACUCGGGUACAGGAUACGUCUGUAAAGCUGCACGCCCUUCCCGUGAAACUGCAGCAAAAAGCCUUUGAAAAUGUGUAUAUGAAAGUACAAUCAGGAAUGAGAUAUCAGAAUCGUACAUCCCCAGAAGAACUUCAGGAUGAGGAAUGCAACAGAAGAGCUACGUUGCUUAUAGUGCUUUCAUUGAUCAUGUGCUGCAGCCCCAUAUGUGAAAAGCAGGCCCUAUUUGCUAUUUGCCAAUCAUUAAAGGAGAACAAGCUAGACCCUAUGCUUGUUAAAAAGAUUCUUGAGUCUACGUCAAAGUGUUUGACUUACCAUACUUUGGAGAGCUUCAUGGUUUCUCAUAUGGAUUAUCUGAUCCAUGAAUGGCUGGCAGUGACUGAUCCUGACUACAAAUUGUCUACAUUCCCUUACAUUGUAUUGAACUGCUCUAAUCUGGAAGAAUUUUACAGGUCCUAUUACAAAGUACUUAUCCCCCACCUGAUGGUUACUGGGAACAUAAAGGAAGUGAAAUCAAUUGCUGCGCACAUUAACAGAGAGUGGAAAGAAUUGCUUGUUGAUUGCCUUCCAAAGAUAAUGGUUAAUAUUCUGCCUUACUUUGCAUAUCAAGAAAAUAGUGGAUCUGAUAAUGUUUUUGCACAACGGAGAGAAAAUGCAUCCAAGGUGUAUGACAUGCUGAAAGAAGAUGAUUGCCUGGGGAAGCAGCAAAUUGACCAUUUGAGCCUCAACAACUUGCCAGAGAUUGUUGUUGAGGUGCUCAAUACCCUGUAUGAUCUUCCUAACCAAGAUGUAGCGAAUGGUGGAGAGCUGGGGAACUUUGUUGGGGCAAUGGAUCCUGCUCCUAACCCACCACAUUUUCCUUCCUACAUUAUCAAAGCUACUCUGGAAUAUAUUGGAAACUGCCAUAAAGAGAAGUUCAAAUCACUUGUGGCAGCACUUUCAAAAAACCCUGAUUCAAUACAAAAGAUCUUGCUGGCAAUUUGUAAGAAGGCAGCAGACAGUACCAGUGCUUAUGAAAAGCAUAGAAUUCUGACGAUGUAUCGAUUGUUUGUAAAUUUGCUACUGAAAGAGAUUAUGGACGGACUGGGAAGAUUGUGGGCAUUUGUUCUCCGUGACGUCAUCUAUAGUCUGAUUCACCACAUCAACAGUCGGCCAGCACACAUGGAUGAUGUAUCCACACGCAGUUUUUCUCUGUGCUGUGAUCUCUUGAAUGCCACUUGUAAAACUGCUGUAGAACAUUGUGGGGAUGCACUGGAAAAUCAUCUUCACGUCAUUGUGGGUACAUUAACACCAUUGGUCCAGGAACAGCCAGAGAUCCGUCAACAGGCCCUCACGUUGUUGAAGUAUCUAGUGAUUUCUAAUCGAGACAAUAAAAACCUAUACCAUGCAAUUAGGCGGUUGGAUCCAUUCCCCGAUCUUCCUGAAUUCAAAGAGCUGCGUCUUAUCCAGGAGAAAAUCAAGUAUAGUAAGAAAAGGUUCACAUUAUUGGAGGAAAUCAAUCACUUCCUCUCAGUCAAUUCCUGUGAUUCCUUGCCCUUGACUAGGCUUGUGGGAUUAAAUGAUCUAAAAAAACAACUAGCACUUCAUAAAGAGGACACUAAAAUCCUGCUAAAAGAAUGCCAAGAUGAUCCUGAGUCCAGUGUCCUUGUGAAACUAGUCGUGAAUCUUCUGCAAUUGUGCAAGUCUGCUAUCUGUCACCCUGCUGGAAAAGAUAUAUUGGAAGCUGCAGGCAAGUGCUUUGGAGAAAUGGGUCCAAUUGACUUUUCCACCAUUGCUUUACAAAACAAGAAAGAUAAAUUUCAUUUCAAGGCGUCAGAAGUUUUGAAAGAAAAUGAUUCUAAAUUGGUUUGCAUUCUCCUCGGUGUAAUUAAUAAUGCUCUCAUUGACCAAUGUAUUGAUGUUCGCUUUGCAGCUGCUAAAUGUGCAAAGAACAUACUUGCCACCCAAACAGGCCACCAAUUCUGGGAGUUCAGUAAGAAUGAACCCAAUGGUCCUGAUCCCAUGUUGAUGUAUUUACACCCUUUCCGAACACCCAGAAUGAAGAUUCCUGAGCUGCUAGCAGACAGCAGAUCCAGUCCUUCUGAAACUCUUGAUGACAGCAGUUUGUGGAUACCUCAGGGUGUAAACCAUGACACAUGGUUGAAAACACUAACCUGUAAACUAUUAGACAGUGGAGGUGUGAGGAGUGAAGUUCUACAGUUAAUAAAGUCACUAUGUGAGGUGAAGGCUGACUUCUGCCAGAUGAUUCUUCCAUACUUGAUCCAUGAUAUUCUCCUUCAUGACGAUAACAGUUGCUGGCAGGGGUUGUUAUCUAACCACAUUCAAAGUUUCUUUAAUGUGUGCUGUAGAAUGGGAUCAAGCUCUAGCAGAUCCACCACACCAGCCAUUAUUGAUUCAGAAACGGACAGCCUUCCCCACGGAUCUAUGGAUAAGACCUCUCGGCGCACAAUGCUGGCUGUGGUCGAUUAUCUGCGCAAGCAAAAAAGACAUCAGCUGAGCACUGUAUGGGAUGACAACUUCUGGCUGGAUCUGAAUUAUUUGGAGGUUGCUUUGACAGCCCAGUCAUGUGCAGCUCACUUUACAGCCUUGCUUUAUGCAGAAAUCUAUGCUGAUAAAAUCAGAUCUGACGAGGAAGAGUUGAAACGGAGUUCUCGCAGAGCAGCUCGCAUCUUAAAGUUUGAUGAAGGCAGCCAAGAACAAACAAUCUCCAGCUUGAGCAGUAAAAGCAGAGAAGAAACGGGGAUUAGCUUACAGGAGCUACUGAUUGAAGUCUACAGAAGUAUAGGAGAACCUGAUAGUUUAUAUGGCUGUGGUGGAGGGAAGAUGUUGCACCCACUUGCCAGAGUUCGAACAUAUGAGCAUGAAGUGCUGUGGGAUAAGGCUCUUGUAACAUAUGACAUUGAAAUGAAUCUUCCUGUCUCUACACGCCAAGCUGGUAUUGUCCAGGCUUUACAGAACUUUGGACUAUGCCAUAUUCUAACUACAUAUCUAAAGGGGCUUGAAGUUGAAAACACAGAAUGGUGUGAGGAACUGCAGGAAAUCCGCUUCCAGGCAGCCUGGAGAAACAUGCAGUGGGAUCCUAUCCCUCCAAGCAAAGGUGGGAAUUCGGGACCUGGGUAUCAUGAAUCUGUGUACCAUGCUUUGCAGUCUCUGAAAGACCAAGAAUUCUCUGCCUUCCAUGAGGUUUUGAAGGUUGCCAGAAUUAAAGAAGUUGAAGAAUUGUGCAAAGGAAGCCUGGAGUCUGUCUACUCUCUAUACCCCACACUAUGCAGAUUGCAAAUACUGGAAGAACUAGAAAUCAUCGGGCACAUGCUCUGCAGAUCUGACCCAGAUGAUGCUUUGAAUACAGUACACAGAAAAUGGCAGCAACAGCUUCUGCUUCUCAAGGACAGUGACUUUACAUUCCAGGAGCCUGUCUUAACCAUGAGGACUGUCAUUCAAGAGCUGCUUAUCAAAAAAGAAAUGGAUGGUCAAAGGAAGGAACUCAUUAAAGAUGCUCUGACUGAGCAUUUACUUGAAAUGGCAAAAUUAGCAAGAGCAGCAAAAAAUUCCCAGUUGGCAGAAAAGGCAAUUUUCCAAAUCAAACAGCACAAUCCAGUUGGGUUUGGUGUUUCUACCUGGCAGCUGGAAGAAGCCCAAGUCUUUUGGGAUAAACAGGAACAGAGUCUUUCUCUUGAUAUUCUCAAACAGAUGAUUGACAAGCUAGAGGGAACUGAUGACAAAGCAUUAGUACCACUCUAUGUUGAGUGUCUGAGACUGUGUGGAAAUUGGUUGGCAGAAACAUGUUUAGAAAGCCCUGGCACUAUCAUGCAGAUGUAUUUAGAAAAAGCUGUGACUCAUAGCAUUCAACAUAAGGACAUAGUUCACAAUGGGAAAAUUGAAGCAUUUUUAUCGUUGGCACGGUUCUCUGAUGCACAGUAUCAGAGUAUUGAUAAUUAUAUGAAGUCGUCUGAGUUUGAAAACAAACGUGCACUUCUCAAAAAUGCCAAAGCAGAAAUUCAUUUAAUGAAGGAACAUAAAGUUCAGAUCAACAGAUAUGUAGUGAAAGUUCAGCGGGAAUGUGAAUUGGAUGAACGAGCGAUGUGUGCAUUGCAAGAAGAUCGUAAGCAGUUUCUGUGUAGAGCCGUGGAGAACUACAUCAACUGCUUGCAGAGUGGUGGAGAACAUGACAUGCGCAUCUUCAGACUCUGCUCCUUGUGGCUUGAAAACUCGGGAGUUGCAGAAGUAAACGGAAUGAUGAAGAAAGGUGUAGAAAAGAUUCCAUCUUACAAGUUUUUACCUUUGAUGUACCAGCUGGCUGCUCGAAUGGGAACAAAGAUGACAGGAGGUCAUAGAUUCCAUGAAGUGUUAAACAAGCUAAUUGAAAGAACUUCAUUGGAUCAUCCACAUCACACACUGUUUAUCAUUUUAGCCUUAUCCAAUGCAAACAAGGAUGACAUUCUAGGGAAACCUGAAGAACAGAGGAGGGGUAAACAUACUAAAAAGGAGAUGCCACACUUAGAUCAGGAGAGAAUGGAUGCUGCCAGUAACAUAAUAAAUACCGUUCGAAAAUCUAAAGCUAAAAUGAUAAAGGACAUUGAGAGAUUAUGUGAUUCCUUAAUCACGCUUGCAAAUAUGGACACUAGUAAAUGGAAAACAGAAAGAAAAGCCAUUGAAAUUCCUGCAAUACAGCCUAUCACAAAAAUAAAGAAUCUUGAAGUUGUUAUUCCAACAAUGGAAGUUAAGGUUGAUCCAUCUGGAAAGUAUGAAAACCUGAUCACUGUACAAUCAUUCAAGUCUCAGUUUCGAUUAGCAGGAGGAGUGAAUCUUCCAAAAAUCAUUGAUUGUGUGGGGUCCGAUGGCAAAGAGAGAAGGCAGCUAGUCAAGGGUCGGGAUGAUCUGCGACAAGAUGCCGUAAUGCAGCAGGUUUUUCAGAUGUGCAACACUCUUUUGGAAAAGAAUUUGGAAACCAGAAAGAGAAAGCUGACUAUCCGUACAUACAAGGUUAUUCCUCUUUCUCAAAGAAGUGGCAUUCUUGAAUGGUGUGCAGGAACCACGCCCAUUGGGGAAUAUCUGGUUGACCCAAAUGAAGGAGCCCAUAAGAGGUAUCGACCAAGCGACUGGAGCAGCCUAGAAUGCAGGAAGAAAAUGUCUGAAGCACAGAAACUGAGCUUUGAAGGUAAAUAUCAAGUCUUCAUGGAUGUCUGUAAGAAUUUCCGGCCUGUCUUCCGAUAUUUCUGUAUGGAGAAGUUUUUGGAUCCAGCCGUUUGGUUUGAAAAGCGUCUUGGAUACACUCGAAGUGUGGCUACGUCUUCAAUUGUUUGCUACAUUGUCGGUCUUGGUGACAGACACGUACAGAACAUCCUCAUAGAUGAAGAGUCAGCUGAACUUGUGCACAUAGAUCUGGGGGUUGCAUUUGAGCAAGGAAAGAUUCUUCCCACUCCAGAGACAGUUCCGUUCCGCCUAACUCGGGACAUCGUUGAUGGAAUGGGCAUCACUGGUGUGGAGGGGGUUUUCAGGAGGUGUUGUGAAAAGACGAUGGAAGUUAUGCGAAGUUCUCAGGAGGCCUUGUUAACAAUCCUUGAGGUGCUGCUAUAUGACCCUCUUUUUGAUUGGACCAUGAAUCCUUUAAAAGCACUUCACCUACAACAGAGGCCUGAAGAUACAGACCUUCAUUCCACGUUGAACAACUCUGUGGCUGGGGACGACAACGAAUGUGAUGGAAAGAUUACUGAUGACAAGAGCAUCAACAAAGUGGCAGAACGUGUCUUUCUGAGACUUCAGGAGAAAUUGAAGGGCGUUGAAGAAGGUGCAGUCCUCAGUGUUGGUGGGCAGGUGAACCUACUCAUACAACAAGCCAGAGACCCAAAGAAUCUCAGUCGGCUCUUUCCCGGCUGGCAGCCUUGGGUAUAAUCAGAGAAUUAAUGGGGUUUAGAAGUACUCUAUGGUUCUGCUGAACUUAAGGUUAUUUUUGUUCUAAAGCACAAAUGUACCAGCUGUAAAAUAUUUCUGCGUAUGUAUAAAUCUGUACUUCCAGUUGAAGUAUUUGUCACAUGCUUCAAAUUAGUUAUUUUCCAUUUUAAUUAACUGGUAAUAGAUAUCAACUUUCUUCCAAUAAUGAUAUGAGGUAGCACUCGAAUAACAGAUAUCCUCUGAUAUCCCAAGAAGCAAUUCAACUAUGUCAAGGGCAAAAAACAUGCAAGGGCUCUUGUAGUUAAUUAUUCAGUGUCAAACUCGGGCGCUUUCAUGCCUAGAUUGCCAUAAUGAUAGCUUUCAAACCAAAACAAAAUACUUUUGUAAAGGUUGCUGCUGAUUCCCUGUGUUUUGUAUGCAUAUUUGGCUGAAUUUCCUACUCUCUGCAAAGGACAUUCAGGAGACUGUGAAUCACAGAAUCAAGUCUUGAAUCUCUGGCCUGAUCAUCGUUUCUCAUUGGUACUUUGGGUUCAGUGAAUUUACUCUGUCACAUGCAACUUACUCUCGGGUAGAAAGGAAAUGUUUGCAUUUCUAGAGACGUUAUGUCUCUAAAUUGUUUUUUUUAAUAAUUAUUCACUCAUCGGAAACAAGCAAAGAUGUUUCGGCAAAACUAAUAUCAGCUGUAGUGAUGUAUAAUUAGUCAAUGUCAUACUAUUAAAAUACAAAGAUUUUCAUUUUGUACAGACAUAAAAAUUUGACUAAUUGAAAUGUUCAAAUUUAAUUUUAGUCCACAGUGCAGUUUGAAACUCUAAGGAACUUUGAUCAACUGCACAUUAGAUUUAAUUAUUUGUGCCUCCUGGAAGUUGUAAAUUGUGUUUAUAAUCGAAACUAAAUCUGUAAUGGAGUUGUCUGAUCUGAUAUUUCCAUUAUGUGUUAGAAAGCUCCUUAUCUACACUUGGAUAAAAGGCAUUUUGUGUGUAUCAGCCUAUGCAGAGCAUUUUACCUUUAGGAUCAAAAGCCAUUUUACUUGAUAAGGAUGUAUGUCCAAUUGUGAAAGAUUUAAAAAAAAUAAAAAAUACUGCCAUGAUAUUUGUAAACAAGAGAUUCACACAAUAUGUAAUCCAAGAUCAUCUUUAAUCAAUUUGUCAACUAUAGCAGUACAGUAGAUUGUUAGUUGUCAGAGCAUCCUGACUGCUUCCAGAACUGAGCAGUGUAGGAAGUGGGUGUUAAUAUAAAUGGCACAGUAAGGUGGGGUUAGUGAUGCUAACCUAUUAUGAUUGGAUGUCAUGCAUAAGCUAAUCUACAUCCUUCCCCCUAAAGAGUAAGUAUAGUGAGCACACAUGCCAUAAGAAUUAGACAAAUUCACCAUAUCUAUCGGGCGGUCUACUAAUACGACCCGAACGUGUGCGGACCAAACCCUCUCCUCCUUCACCGGAAAGAUUAGAGGGAGAGGGUGAACCUGGAAGCGAGCAAGUAGCGGGGGACACCAGUGGUGGCCGACAGGGGAAGCAUGCAGGAGGGGUAGACCCGUGGUUAGUCAUAGCCGCUGGUCGUGGAGGAGUGUGGGACGUGCUGGGGCUGGUGGAAGGUAGGGCAGCAGGCGGCUGGAACUGAAGCGGUGGAGCAUAAGGACCGGCCGGUGGGGGACGGGGUUCCUUCACGGCAAGCAAAUGUUGGCGACUUCUGCGGUAUACGGUACCAUCAUAGUCCACAAGGUCUAUACAAUAUAAAUCUUGUUAUAAAUACAAAACUUUUUUUUCCUUUUGCAUUUUAGCACUCUUCCACAUAUUCGCCAAAAUUGAUUAGUGGAGCCAGGAAGUUUAGGCUCUAAAAACUCUAAAAUAGGCAGGCAAAAAGGCACAAUAAAAUUACCAAGAAGGCACAAAAAGGGCAUUUAUUUACAUAAAAAGGCAUGUAUUUCCACCCCCAAGAUAUGGUUAAAAAUGAUAAUAUAAAUAUAUUCUACAUUAAAUGACCAAAGUUGCCUGGUUGCACAUCAUUACUCGCAUUUUUUUCAAAUGAUCUGGUGUUAAUAUCCUUCAGUGAAAAACAUUUCUACCUCAGCUGAGGUCACUGGUACAUACCCGAAACAAGCUACAGACUCUAUAUUAAUGUCGAUAUCUUGUGCAUUACAACUGCCUUUGAGAACUUUAAGCUAUGUUUUGCAUUUCUUCAAGAUCUUUGUUACCUAAAAUCACUCUCUCAUAUUUUCCUUGUAUGUCUUUACCUACAUCGCCAGGAACUUUACGAAUAUCGUCAGUUACUUUGUUGAAAACCUGUAAGUUAUUCACUAAUGUUUCGCCACGUUUCUCAAGGGAAGUGUUAGCCUGUGGGAAGUUUGCAAAAUUGGAAGCAAUAAACACAAGAUCGC